AUGGAUCCAAAGGUUGAAUGUACUGGAGACUCCAUGAAGCUUCAAGUCCAAGAUGCUGCUUCUACCCUAGGAUCUCUGUUCUUUGUGGACAGGGGAGGAUUGCUACGUUCUCCCGUUGCGUUGGUGCGGGUUACCCGUGAAGAUGUCAUGCCCUUUGAUGAAGCAGUCUUCACCCAACCCUCCGAUGGUCACCUGCCACGCUCAGGGCAUGGUCGUGAAAACGGGAUGGACAUGACUGGUAACUGGGAGCCACUGAUGAAGGCUUCACCCAGAUGUGGGUUCAGUGUAGUUGUACAUCCCGAAGGUGUGGUCAUCUCUGUUCGCUAUGCACCCUGCCUGGAGAAAAAGGAUGGAAUACACAAGCUGCUGCUCCAAGACCUCCACAACCUGUUGCCCGCUGGGGCCGAGUACAGCAGCCCUUCUAUCCCUUCCACUUCUACCCUCAGCCAGUGCCUGAAAAGCCAACUGCUGCUCCAAGGCCCCCACAACCUGAAGCGCCUCAGCCAGAGCCUGAAAAGCCAACUGCUGCGCCAAGGCCUCCACAGCCUGAAGCGCCUCAGCCAGAGCCUGAAAAGCCAACUGUUGCUCCAAGACCUCCACAGCCUGAAGCCCCUUGGGGCCAAGUACAGCAGCCCUUCUACCCCUUCCACUUCUACCCUCAGCCAGGGCCUGAAAAGCCAAGUGCAGCUCCAAGACCUCCACAACCUGAAGCACCUCAGCCAGAGCCCGAAAAGCCAACAGCUGCUCCAAGACCUCCACAGCGUGUUGCACCUUGGGGUCAGGUACAGCAGCCCUUCUACCCCUUCCACUUCUACCCUCAGCCAGAGCCUGAAAAGCCAGCUGCUGCUCCAAGGCCCCCACAACCUGAAGCGCCAGAGCCUGAAAAGCCGACUGCUGCUCCAAGACCUCCACAGCCUGAAGCCCCUCGGGGCCAAGUACAGCAGCCCUUCUACCCUUUCCACUUCUACCCUCAGCCAGGGCCUGAAAAGCCAAGUGCAGCUCCAAGACCUCCACAACCUGAAGCACCUCAGCCAGAGCCCGAAAAGCCAACAGCUGCUCCAAGACCUCCACAGCGUGUUGCACCUUGGGGCCAGGUACAGCAGCCCUUCUACCCCUUCCACUUCUACCCUCAGCCAGAGCCUGAAAAGCCAGCUGCUGCUCCAAGGCCCCCACAACCUGAAGCGCCAGAGCCUGAAAAGCCGACUGCUGCUCCAAGACCUCCACAGCCUGAAGUCCCUCGGGGCCAAGUACAGCAGCCCUUCUACCCUUUCCACUUCUACCCUCAGCCAGAGCCUGAAAAGCCAGCUGCUGCCCCAAGGCCUCCACAACCUGAAGCACCUCAGCCAGAGCCUGAAAAGCCAACUGCUGCUCCAAGACCUCCACAGCCUGUUGCUCCUUGGGGCCAAGUACAGCAGCCCUUCUACCCCUUCCACCUCUACCCUCAUCCAUUGCCUGAAAAUCCAACUGCUGCUCCAAGACCUCCACAGCCUGAAGUGCCUCAGCCACAGCCUGAAAAGCCAACUGCUGCUCCAAGACCUCCACAGCCUGAAGUGCCUCAGCCAGAGCCUGAAAAGCCACCUGCUGCUCCAAGACCUCCACAGCCUGUUGCUCCACCUGUGUACUGCCCUCAGAUUUGCCCAUCUGGAUUUUCUAAUUGCUGUCCACAAAUUGCUUUUCAUCAACAUCUCCAUCAAAUUAUUCCUGCUGGAUUUGCUAGUCAAGAUGCACCUUCAGUCAAUCCAGGACUGCCAUUCCUCCCUUCAUUUGCAUAUUCUGGGUUUGGCAAUGGCUUGGGUUCUGCUCCCCUUCCACAAAGGCCAACUGAAGCAAUGAUGACACAACCUACCACAACUUCCACCUCUGCACC